AGCUUUUACGACAGGGAAAUACUCUCCCUUGGUCUACCAUCAUUAAAACCAGAGCUCUGUGAUUUUGUUACAUUAUCGAAGAUAUCUCUGACACACUCCUCUCAAAACUGAGUGGCUGUGGGUACAGGUUUUUGAACUGCCCAGAUUUGGGGGAUACUCUUUGAUCUUGGAUGAUGUAAUAGCCCCCCCCCCUCAAGGUUGGUACACAUUCUGGGUGUCUUCCUGGACUUGUAGCUCCUUGCCUGAUGAACAGGUGUCAACUGUGGCUAGGAAGGCCUUUGCAAUUUUAUGUGGUGUGCCAGUUGUGCCCUUUACAGGGUCAUUCAGACAAUUUGUCACACUCUAGUGACCUUGUGACUUGACCACAUGGUGCUGUCCUUGAAGACCACCUUGAAGCUUUGUCUGGUCCAGAAUGCAAUGGGGCAAGCAGGAAUGGACUUGCUCAGUAUGCCCAUGUAAGACCUCUACUUUACAAGCUCGCCGGUUGCCAGUUUGUUUCUGGGUAUGAUUUAAGUUACUGGUCAUUACUUAUAAAGCUCUACUGGUAUAUGGCCUGUUUGUUUUAGGAACUGCCUGUCUCCCAUAACAUCUGCCCAGCCAAUUUGAUCUUAUAGAUUUGAUGCACUUGGGUUCCAUCAAUUAAAUAAUGUUAUCCAUCAGGACCCUGAAAGCACCCCUUCUUGGAAGAGGUGCCUUCCCUCUGGAAAGCAGUUCCCCCUGUGAUCCAGAUGGGCCCCAUUCUGCUGUUGUUUAGAAGAGCCAUAAAAACCUGGCUCUUCACCCAGGCCUUUGAGAAGGGAAGUAAGGCACCUUGCUUCUUUCCAUCUGGUGUAUUGUUCUUGCCAUCUUCUAUUAGCUUUAUUGCAAUUCCUUGUUUGAGUGUUGUAAGCCUCCCAGAGUCAUUGGGCAUUGGGCAGCAUGCAAGGUUAAUCAAUCAUUUUUUCUACAGCUGGCUGACAAUUUAUUUUUCCUGGAAAAGCAGAUUUAGGGAGGGCUUAUCUAUUUGCCAUACCAAACACUAUUUUCUUUUUUCUUAAAUAGAAAAAGUGAGACAGAGAGAUGAAAACAGAGGAGGUGGGGUGUUUGUGAUACAUAAUAUCGUGUUUUUAUGAAAAUCUUUGUUUUAUUGUUUUGGCACAAGAUCCCGACUUAUUAAGGCAGAGGAAGAAGCACAAGGAUUGCUCUUUUUUGCUACAUCUCCAGUAAACAUUUUCUUUCUCUAAUUAAUUCAAAAACUAUUUCCAGGUUACAUUCUGACCUGGUUUGUACAUUAUAUUACGAGUUUUCCUGCAUGAAUAAUAUAUAGCAGCUCUUAAGGGCUUUGUUGGCCCUCUUCUCUGGCUAUUUGGCUAUUUGCAUGCCAUUUAUAUGAUAGAGUCCUUCAUACAUGUGUAAAUUGGCUUUUCCAUUUGAACUUCCUGUAGUUAAAGAAACAGGAUUUUUUAAUACACAUCUAUAGGCCCAGUGAUUUAAAAAAAAUGUUUUUCCUUUCUUAGAAUGCAGUAUCUGGGGGUCAGAUAUAAUAAGAUCAGUUUUAGAGCACAUUUCCUUCCUUUCCUUUUCACUCUUCAUGGCAUUAAUGUAUGGGCACCUAUAAUGCUCUCCAUGAAAGUUAACUUCUCCUCCUACCAAGCACACACACAGAAAAACACUGACACAAAAACUCACCCUCUUUUCCCUUUCAACCUCUUUCAGAGUUUAACUGAGCCAAAUGUCUAAUUGCUGUAAUUAUAACAAGAUUGCAAUUUAGUAGACUGGGAAUUUGGGUGAGGGAAAAACCAGUAGUUUGUAUUUCCUUUCUGUCUUUGGGGUAGUUGUGUCAGCCACAUACACUUGCCUUGUUUUUCAAAUCUUUUUCAUUUUUUUUUCCUUUGGCAAGCAACUAAUUGUAUAAAUAUAUAUUAACCAUUUGGCUGACAUAGCAAGCCUGACUUGGGAUGGAGGACAGAUGUUUUCAUGAACUGAUCAGUUUUGGAACAAUUAAGAUCUAAGCUUUGCUGGAAUCUGCCCAGUGAUACAGACAAAAUAGAGCAGGCCACAGCUCAGGAUGUUUAUAGUUGUACAAAAUGAUCAUUCCUAAAGGAUGGGCUUUUUAUUCUGCUUCAUCAAGGGCUGGGUAGUGGCUGGACACUUAUGUGUAAAGGACUAAGUCACUUUGUGAUAAAAUUUAGCAUACUAGCUUAACUUCAAACCAAAAUGUUAGCUAGUUUUCAAUGAGUCUAGUGAAUUUUAAUUAUUGCAUAGUUAUAAUUAAAACUGAACAGAAAAGCAUUUAAAAAUGCAAAGUUAAAAAAAUGAAAUGAUCAUAUUCCAGUCUUUAAUGAAUAGAAAAAAUUAAAACUAAUCCUAUUGUGGGACUAUUUCUAAAAUUUGGAAAAAAUAUUAAAAAAAUAAGCAUCUCGUCUACAAACUACUAAUAACAGGAUAUCUAUCAUAUCACAAAUUAUUUGCAGGUAUAUAAUUUACAAAACAUACUAGGAUUGAUCUUGCUAACUUCGGAAAACUUCCUGUUCUUGUUUUUUCUUGUUUCUCUCAUUCCCAUGUAACUCCAAAUUGCAUUUGACAUUAUGGAAAUCUAUUCUAGUAUUGCCACGGAUCUUCCCAAGUUGUGUAAUAAGAUAAUAUUUAAAAAAUAUUUUACCAGAAAUAAUAGGUAUCCUUUCAAAAGUAAAAAUACCAAUAGGCCAUGAAGAUCUGGAUGGAUAAACAAGGUCAGAUUAAAUUUUAUCGAGAUGGAGUUGUCAUCCAUCGAUACAAGGGCAAUCUACUAACGUUGGCUCUGAUAGUUGCUCUGGAUAGGAUUAUACAUUUCCAAAAGGUGUUGGUUUGUGACCUAGGGGUCUCCUGGACUCUCAGGUCCUGUUUAAACAGCAAGUAGAAGUCAUGGCUAAGAUAGCUUUACAUACUGUGGCCAGUGUACCAUUUGUUGCACUACCUGGACCAAGUUGUUCCAGUUGCAAUAGCCCAUGCUUUAAUCAAUACUGUAACAUAUGCUAGAUGGGGUUUGUUAUGUCCUAAGCCUGCUGGAGUGGUGAGCAGGCUCAGAAAUGUUGCAAACGGUCCCGGGCAAACCAAAAGCUGCCUGGGACCAGACUGGUCGGAACCAGCUUUGUGCGCAUGCGCAAGGCGCGAAAAUGGCCAGUUCCUAUUGGUUAACAUUUGUCGGGGUUUAGGGCCCUAUAAAAAGGCCUGCAUGCCUUUUGCUGUUUGCUUGGUUGUAGGAGAAGAGUAAUAAAGAGCUUGUUUCACCAUGUGUCUUCAUCAAUUGCCAGCGAACAGAAAACACAACAGGGUUGCCUUUAUAAAUGGCCUGAAACUACAACUGGUGUAAAAAGUUUGGCUAAACUUCUGAUACACCACACCCAUUCGGCUAAAAUAACACCUAUUUUAGAAUCACUGCAUCCAUUGCCAGAAGGCUUCUGGACCAAAUUCAGAAAUGUAGUUAUUACCGUUAAAUCCUUUAAUGGUUAUUUAUAACUGCAGAUACAUCAGGUAACGCCUUACCAAAUUUGAAUAUUCCUAUUUGGUCUGAUCAUCAAGAGAGCGCUUAUUGCAAGUUUCCUUUCCUUGCAAGAUACAUGGCUUGGCAAUAGGUCCUCAUUUUAUGAAUUCUCUCUCCCAAGAGAUAUUGAUGGCUCCUACUCUAGUGGUGUUUUGAAAACAAGACAAAGUAUAAUUGUUCCAGUGGGUACUUGGCCCUUUGAUUAGAUUAACUGAAUGGUGCCCAUAAUGUGUUAAGCGUUUCAUUAUUUUUUUUUAAUUACCUGGACUUGAGUUUUAUAAAUAUUUUUGCUUCUGGCCAUGUUUUACUCUAACCAAAGUCCAUUUGGAUUUUUCGUAUCUGUAAAACAACAUUUAAAGCCAUACAUAUUUCACAAAUAAAUAAAUAAAUAAACCAUUCACUUUUUUUGUUUACAUGUAGGAUCUUUGUCUUCUCAUCUUUUGUGGGGGAUGGAUGCUUUAUAUUCAGGGUUAACACCCUUUCUUAUAAUAUCGCUAACAGGUUAACAAAAGGCAAGAAGUUUUCUGCCUAAUUCAAACUUUUCCCACCCAUCGUGUAUUCUGAAAAAUCCAACACAACUGCAGAAAAAGAGAUGACCACCUUGCAAGCAAAAUAGGCCAUUUCUCGGUCAAACAGCUGUGUGCAAUUUAAAGGACCGCUGGAAUUGGGCUCCCAGUAAUAAUUUAAGUAAUAUUUAGGUUAUUAUUUAAGCGACUUAGCCUUCCCCAAAAGCGGUCUUCCAGAUGUGUUAGAAUCUGGCUAGGAAUUUGGGAUCUUGUAUUUCGACACAUCUAAGGUCGCCCGAUUGAAAAAGGAAUGUAGUAAGCUGCCUUUUGCUCUUUUGUUACAACGUAUUGGGUCGUCUUGAGCGCGUUUUAAAGUUUGCCUGACUUUUCGUUAUCAAAGAAACAACCGAGUUUUAAUGAACUUGCAUUGCAUUCUUUUCUGAAACUUUCCGAUCCCUCUGGCAAAAAACAGCUGCUUUGACCGCCGAACGUCUUAAAUGUUGCUUUACAGACGCUUUCGCCCCCAAAAGGAAGAAAACAAAAUCGCAUCUCGGAAGUUUCGUUUCCCAGCAAUCCGACCGUCGCUCUCGUACCGCGCCUGUUAAUAUUUUCUCUUUAAUCAGGGAGGAUUGAGGAGAGCUGUCCUCGUGGAAAACUGCCACUGCGCAGGCGCAGCGUUGAUUUUAAGAAGGGGGGCCGCGAGGGGGUUGCACGGGGUCCUGUUCGUUGGCGUCGUCCGCCUCCUUCUCCGGCUUAAACGCCCCGCCUCAGAUGCCGUUGCCGCCGCCGCCCCUCCUCCUCCUCUUCCAGGCGCGUGUCUGACGGGCCGUCGGAACCGGCUGCAAGGCAGGGCCGGAUGGAUGGAUCCCCGGGUUGCCUGGAUCCAGCCCGAGCAGAAAGGCCCCGCCAAUGCGCUCUGGAUGCAGAUCUGGGAGACCUCGCAGGGCCGGAUCGGCGGCGCCGGCUCUUCGACGUCUUCGCCGUCCUCGUCGUCUUCGCCUGCCUUCCCGCCGACGGCCGCCGCCCGCUAUUCCUUUUGCCGGUUUAGCCCGGCGGCAGUGGCGCCGCCUCCACCGCCCUACUCCGAGGCCGUUGCUGCUGCCGCUGGCGGACCUGUGUCGUCUCCUCAGCUGAUCUCCAAGCCGGCUUCCCUGCGCCUUCUCCCUGCCCAGAGCGCGGAAAGACGAGCGCCGCGCCUGCUGCUCCUACAGAAGGCCCCGUCCGCGUCCUCCUCCUCCUCGGCCGAGUCUGGCGCUGACAGCCCCGGGGGUGGUUCUUCUUCGUCGCUCUCCUGCGUCCGGCCCGGACUUGGGCCGCCACCGCCGGCCUCGGUCAAAAUCUUGGCAAGCACCGCUGAAGCGAAUUCAGUGAAGCGAGAAGAGCUGGGGGAGGAGGGAAGAGGGCAGGCCCCGUGGGCCUCCGGCGUGGCCGUUACCGCCCCUUCUCCCCAUCACCAUUACCACCACCACCAUCACCACCUCCACCAUCAGUACCACCCUGGGCGCAGGAAACGAGAGAACAAGGCCAGCACGUAUGGGAUGAACUAUCUGCUCUCAGGCGGCUGUGUCGGGACCGUCCGCAGGGGGACCGCCCCAGGUGGCGAAAAUGGCCCGUGCUCUCCAGCGCAGGCCGGGUGCACCCUUGCUCUAGGCACGCCUUGGAAAAAUAGGCAAUACAGCUCAGGUAUACAAGGGCUCCAUGAAGAAAUAAUUGACUUUUAUGACUUUAUGUCCCCAUGUCCUGAAGAAGCAGUUAUGAGACGAGAAGUUGUGAAAAGAAUAGAAACUGUCAUCAAAGAUCUUUGGCCUACAGCUGAUGUUCAGAUAUUUGGAAGUUUUACUACAGGACUUUAUCUGCCAACAAGUGAUAUUGAUUUAGUGGUUUUUGGAAAAUGGGAGAGCCCACCUCUCCAGCAGCUAGAACAAGCCCUAAGGAAACACAAUGUGGCCGAGCCACAUUCGAUUAAAGUACUUGACAAAGCUACAGUACCAAUAAUUAAACUUACAGACCAGGCUACAGAGGUGAAAGUUGAUAUUAGUUUUAAUGUAGAAACUGGUGUGAAGGCAGCUCGACUUAUCAAAGACUACAUGAAGAAAUAUUCUUUGCUGCCUUACUUGAUUUUAGUAUUAAAGCAAUUCCUUCUUCAGAGGGAUUUGAAUGAGGUUUUUACUGGUGGAAUUAGCUCCUAUAGCUUAAUUUUAAUGGCAAUUAGCUUCUUACAGUUGCACCCAAGAAUUGAUGCUCGAAGAUAUGAUGAAAAUCUAGGAAUGCUUCUAAUAGAAUUUUUUGAACUCUAUGGAAGGAAUUUUAAUUACUUAAAAACUGGUAUUAGAAUAAAAAAUGGAGGUGCCUAUAUUGCCAAAGAAGAAAUCAUGAAAACCAUGACUAAUGGAUAUCGACCAUCCAUGUUAUGUAUUGAAGAUCCCCUUCUGCCUGGCAAUGAUGUUGGAAGAAGUUGUUAUGGUGCCAUGCAAGUAAAGCAAGUUUUUGACUAUGCCUACAUUGUUCUAAGCCAUGCAGUAUCACCACUUGCAAAAUCAUAUCCUAAUAGAGAUUCAGAAAGUACUUUAGGUAGAAUUAUUAAAGUGACAGAAGAGGUGAUUGACUACAGAGCAUGGAUUAAAAAAAAAUGGGGAAACAAAGCUAACUUUUCAUCUGAUCUUGAUGUUCAGCUGAAAGAGAGAGAAUCAAUAUCUUCAGAGAGUGCAACCCAGAAUAGAGAUACCGAAUUGCUUUACAACCAACCUUUGACUUUGUCAUUUACUGAUAUGCAACAAUUAUCAUCAGGUUCAUCUGCCUCAUCAGUAUCAUCUCUUUCUGGAAGUGAUGUUGAUUCUGAUACUCCACCUUGCACAACUCCUAAUAUAUACCACUUCAGCCUGCAAGCACCAUCUCCACUUACGGCUGGAAUACAUCCGGCAUUAACUAUGCCAAGUGGUAAAAAUCAGUCUGUGCCUGCAAGAGCAUUGAUUAUGGCCACGAAUAAUCAGCAGCACAAUGGAGUGAAGUUUACUGUGAAAGGAGCUCAUAAUCAAGGCAGCGGAUACAAUUCUGCCAGUAAUGGAGCUGUAAGGCAGCCAGUUAGCAACAGAGGUCAUCACCAACACAACCGUAAUAUUUGGAGGAGAAAGAAGUACAGGGACAGUUUGCCUAUUAGCCUUAGCAGAUAAUGGCCAACUUCAGAGUCCUCUUUAGACUAAUGCAGUGUGUGUGAUACUGCUCUGGGAGGAUUUGAGACCAGCACUGAGUACAUCUGUCUGGAUGUUGCCAAAUAUCUGCAUCCAACGUUUGCAUGUUUCGUGUGUGGUGAUGGAGUCCAUCUUAAAAGAAAUAAUUGUGCUUAUCGUGAAGCCUUAUUAACUGUGGAAGUUUGUCUUCUGCCUAUCCAUGAUUAUUACAGUGCUGAAACAGCUCUGGUAAGAUUAUUGGGAGGACCAUAAAUGCUGUGGCACUUUGCUGUAGCUGCAUUUCUUCAUAAUUGGUUGUUUUGUUUUCUUGGAAGGAGAAUGGGUUGCUUGAAUGUUAUUUUCCAUUACAAAACUUUAUUUGUGGUAUUGUUCACCACCUUCCCAUUUCUUCUACAAUUGGUUUUGUUGCCUUACUCACAUCAAACAUAACGUGCAAUAACUUGGAAUGUUUUAAUCAUGAAUAUAUUUAUGAAACAGGUGUGCACAUAUGCACACACAUCUGCUUAUGUCUGUGUGUGAGAGAGAAAUUUUCUUUCUUUUUUUUUACAGAUCCUUUCCCAAGUUGCAUUUUCUAAGUUGGGUUCAUGCUUCUGGUAGAUUAGCUAAGCAAUCAAUUUAACACAUCAAACAAAUAAUAUCGGAAGCUUCCUAAUUUGUAGAGGAACAGUUGGUCUGGCUUAAGUAUUUAUAAUAAUGAUUGAGUUAAAAAGCAUUUUGGCUAGUUAUCUUACUAGUCUGGCAUGUAAUGCUAAAUUCAAUCUUAUGAGAUAAAAUGCCAUCUAAUGCUCUUACAGAUCUCAUAUUUAUUUUAGUGGGGAUCAUGUAAAAAAUUUGAAUCUUCAGUUUAAUUGCUACAGCUGGACAAAAAUACUAUUACAAAUCAAGUUUGCGAUUAUAUAUAUAUUCAGUUAAGUGUCAGGGAUAUAUUUGUGUGUGUAUGUAAUGUGCGUGUGUAUGUAUGAGGUGUGUGUUUCUAUAUCUCCCUGACUCUUAACUGCAAAUUACAGAUACCAGUUUGUCAAUUUCAUUUCCCUUCUGAUUGCUUGGACCAUUGUUAAAUAAAGCAUCCAACUUGAAGAAUGUGGAGAAAGGAAUGUGUAGUGAUUCCAUUAAGGAAUCUGAUUAGCAGCCUGCAUUAGUUCUGUUGAGAGCAACUACCUAAAAUGUAUCUUCUGGCUUCUCUAUGCAUUCUGAAGUAUUAGUCUAUUAUUUUGUAAAGACACAGCCCAGUGGUAUUGAGAUAAUCUGUAUGGCAAGCAACUGAUUUAAAGAUGCAUACAGAUAUACUAUGCAAGUGUGUAUCAUCAUGGCAACAUAUUUGUUUUAUUUUAAAACCCGAAAUUGUGUGUAUAGCUUACCCUGCAUUUAAAAAGUAUCAUGUUUCUUAUAUCACUUACUGAAUCUUUUUAUGCUUUUUUUUUCUUCGUUGAAAAAAAAGUUUUUAAAAUUUGGAAAGCACCGAGUUUAGUAAUUCUGCUUGAAGAAAUUGUAUCUUGACAUCUUAAAUUGUACAUGGAAAUGAAUUUUCUUAAGCAGCGAAUGUUUGACAAAGAAUGGUCAGAAACUGAUGUAGCAUAUGCUAGAGAUUUUUUUCAAAACAAAUGCAAGGCCUUUGAAUAUCAUGAGCGAAAAGAUUGCGACAUUCCAAAGCAUAGUAGCACAUAUUUUGUCUACAGUUCAUCUUGAUCUAGUAUUCUCUUUUAAAUUGAUUGUAAGAUAAUCAGAAAGACAGGCAUAAAAUACAAGGUUUACUAUUCUAGCCAGCAUCUGUAUAGAAAGAUGUAUAAAGUUUGCAAAUUUAAGGGAAAUAUGAACGUGAAAGUUAUUGAAAAUGUACCCUGUGGCUGUUUAUCUCUACCUGCAAGUUGCCCUGUCAUACUCCUUAUCACAUAUUAUAUAUUAUUUCCUCUGGAAACAACUCUUGAACCUUCAAACUAUGUUCUAUACAUACACAGGUUUUUAUGUCCCCAUCCCCAUACUGAAGCCCCUUAAGUAUGCUACCCACCUUUUAAAAAAGAACUUCUCUCCAAAAUUCCUUCCUUCCCCAAAACAAUAUUUGAUAAUAUUGUCAACCCCUGAUUGUUAGUACUCAGAUGAACAGUAAUUGGACAACAAAUAAAGAGUAAACAGAUGGUGAAUUGCCAAAACCUCAACUCUGCUUUAUAGUGGAAUCAGUAUUUUUGUUUUGAUUAUUUUUCAAAUCUUAUGAAAAGCUCGUAGUAGAAUCUGGUAUAGGAAGGGAUCUAAACUUGAAUAAAUCAUUCAAGGGCUGAUUAUAAACCUAUAAUCGUUCUACAUGCUAGCAAUAUUGACUAUGAAUCUACAUUAUUGGAAUAUUGAUGUUCUAAAUAGUUCCAUUUAAAAGCAGGAUAGACUUAAAAGAAGCAGAUAUCAUGUCCCAUUCAGUCAUGAUUAACCAUAAAUUGCACUGGCUACCACUUUGGUUAUGUUCUAUGCCUCUGUGGAUGACUGAUAAAAUAUGUUCAUUUUUGUGUGUAAUAACAAUGUGGGAAGCUAAAAAAUACAUAUUUUUAUGUGAAGUUUUGUAUUCUUUGAUUUUUAAUAAAUUUUCAAGGCAGGUAUGUCCAUGGUGUAAUGUAGCAUUCUUCAUCUGUCAUUGUGAUCUUUUUAUUUUCAUUAUGUUAUCACAAUUCUGUUUUAUAAUCAAAGCAAAAUUCCAUUUGAUCCAGUAUUUCAUGUAUUAGAGUAUCUAACCAAAUUAUACUAAGACAUUUAGAAAAAUGUCAUGAAAGAUAGCUAGCCCUUUUAGUGAUCCGAGAGAGAUUGUCUUUGAAUCUGGAUUGAGGUGGGCCAAUCCUGAUGUUACUUCAGGACAAUUUCCUUGAGGGUAAACCUCACAAAGUUUUCUUUAAGAUUUUGGUAGCAGUUUUUAUACAGUGUAACUUUGGAGCUACAACUAUCACAUCAAAAAUUAUUGAACUAUAUCAGCGGUGUAUUGAAAUUAUUUUGGAAAUAUUAAAGCAAAGAUGCAAAA